UCACACCAAAGAAAGACAAAAAAAAAAGGAAAUAUAAAAAUGAAGAUUACUUUCUCAAUUCCUUCCAUCAUCAUAUUGGUUUCCAUUGUUUUGGCUUCUGUAUCAGAACCUGGUUCUGUCUGCAACGGACAAGUACUCGACACUUCAGGCAACCCAGUCGAAGCCGGUGUCCCGUACUAUAUCGUACCGGCAAAGACAGGAACCGGAGGUGGUCUUGUCCCUGCGAGCCGAACCUUCGACGUAAGAAAGCUAUGUCCGCUCGACGUGGUUCAGUCGCCAUUCCCCUUCAUCCCCGGCAUUCCCGUCACCUUCACCGUCCACAACGGUACGGACAAGUUCGUGCACUUGAACACGAACUUCAACGUUCAGUUCGAAUCCACCGUCUGGCUUUGCCCCGAGACCAAGGUGUGGAGAGGAGAUGGAUCUUUGCAGAGGGAUGACUACACGUAUAUAAGCACUGGCGGGGAGAUAGGAGGUCCGUACAGCUGGUUCAGGAUAUGGAGCGAAGGGGACGAUGCUUACAAGCUACUGUACUGCAAGGACGGAACUGAAUGUUACUACAUCGGUACGUACGGUGACAACCUCGGCGUCCAACGACUGAUACUUAGCAAUGGCUUCUUGGCUGUGAAGUUCAAGAAGGUGUCUUCAGUUCAAAACGUUGCGGCUGAGAAGACAACGUUGAGAAUGUUUCCCGCCUUUAUGUAAUGGAAUAGAAUGAACUACAAAAUGAAAUAAAACAUCCAUGCAUGCCCAUGGCAUGGCAUGGCAUGAUGACAUGACAUGGUGGGUUACCUAAUUUCUUUAUAAAAACAUAUCGUAUGGUCGAAUUAACUUCAGUCAUGCCGGUGACUAGAGCCUUUUAGGGUUUUCGGAUAUACAAUAACAAAUGCCAUGUGUGAAUGCA